CAACUCUCGCUCUCACAAGCACAUCCAUCACACUGGAAUUACCUGGCCGAAGGCUCAUCCUCUCUCGUAUGCACCUACGCCGGCCCAUCCAAAGUCUUCACACGCAGGGUCCUACGUCUGCGAAAGACCGCCGUCUGCCGCCAACCCUCGACCGACAGCGUACUCGCUAGCGACGACACUGGUUCGGGGGAAAGCACAGUCCGCGCAUGGCAGGAAGAGGUCAUCGCCCGCCUACUCCCUCGAGACGCGCUCCCGCAACUUGAUCUCGUCACUGUCGACCCGGACUCCCUACGAGCCCUCGAGGCCGCCCUAUCUAACCAAUCAAGGCAUAGAAGGCCUAAUGACCGGCUCGAUCUAGUUGCGCGAAGUGCCGUCUUGGCCCAGGACGUUGUUAGCGGGGAAAGCAUUGCUGUUGAGAUCAAGCCAAAAUGUGGUUUCCUCCCUUCUCCUGUCCAUCUAUCACCCUCUACUGCAAGAAUCAAAUUACACCACUGCAGGUACUGCAUGCACUCCCUCGUCCGCCUCUCCUUUCCCGCGUCCUUCCCCUCCCCGGCCCUACCCUUGCCGACGACGACACGAGAACAUUACUGCCCUCUAGACUUCUACUCGGGCGACGAACACCGCGUGAGAAGAGCACUGGAACAGCUCUGGGAACUCUGGCUCCGCACCCAGGGGAAGGGUAACAACUUCCGGGUAUUCGUACGAGGGGAGAGGGUAGAUCCAGCAGAUGUCGCUAGCUUAGUUGAGGCGCUCGACGACCUAGCACCAGCGAAAAAUGCGCUUAUUCAACGUCUAUUGCCUCUCUUGCUAAAGAGUCCGAUCCUGGGCUUGCUCAAGCAGCUACAGCGCACGCUCGACCCCCUCGACAUUGACGGCCUCUCCGCACUGCAUCAAUCGAUGUAUCCCGACCUCCCGCUGGGAUACGGACAGACUCAACCAGAGAUAGACGAAUGGAAGACGCUUGUCGAGUCGUGGCUUGCUCACCAGAUGCCUGAGGAACCGGAGAAGAAGCUUAGGUACUAUGUGCUUGCUUACACGCUCUCGGCGACUUUCAAGGAUUGCUCGCUUAUCGUUCACCUCCCGAUUGCGGCUGCUGGACAGUGGGAACGCCGUAGAGAGGGAGGGGGGAUCCAAAGAGGUGUGGAAGGCAAAGUUUGGGUUGUAGAUACUGAUGUGAAGAAAGUCAGUAAGUUGGGUAAAUGGGCAGAGUUGGACAGGGAGAUUGUCAGUGUAUUUUCUAGACUAGAUGUUACAGAUAGAUGUGUUGAAUAA